AUGGGGGAGAGCGGGGUGCCCCCGCAGGUCCAGCUCUUCCUCCGCGCCUGCGAGCAGGGCGACUGCGAGACCGCCCGACGCCUCUUGGGGCUGCCCGUCGGCGGCGGCGACCCCGCGGCCCCCUCCUCCUUGUCGUGCGGCCCCGAGGAGACGGCGGCGGAGCCCCGCGGCGAAGCGUCGUCCCCGCCGAGCCCCGCCGUGCCCGUGGACUGCACGGACGAGGCCGGCAACACGGGGCUGCAGUUCGCCGCGGCGGGGGGGCACGAGCAGCUGGUGCGGUUCCUGCUGCGGAAGGGCGCCUCGGUGCAGAGCAGGAACCACUACGGAUGGAGCCCCCUCAUGCAAGCGGCCAGGUUUGGACAUCUAAGCGUGGCCCACAUCUUGCUGGAGAAUGGUGCUGAUCUCAAUGCACAGAACAAGUUAGGAGCCAGUGUCCUCACAAUGGCCUCCAGAGGCGGUCAUGUCAGCAUGGUGAAAUUGUUGCUGGAAUCUGGAGCUUUUGUGGACAAUUACGACCAUUUUAGCACAAAUGUACUUAACAGCAGCAGAGAUGAUCUUCCCGAUAUCACUCCACUGAUGGCAGCUGCUCAGCACGGACAUGAGGCAGUGGUGCAUCUGUUGCUAGACUGGGGAGCUGAUUGUAACUACACUAUAAAGACAAUGGGCUGGAGCCCUUUAAUGCUGGCAGCCGUCAGUGGAAAGGUGAGCUUGGCACAGCAGCUCAUGGAGAAAGGUGCCAACCCUGAUCACUUGAAUGUGCUACAUAAAACACCUUUUGAAAUCUCUGUUGGCUUCAAACACAAAGACAUGAAGGACUAUUUGGAAUCUUUCACAACUAUUAGGCCUCAGGCAGAUGCAGAAAAGAGGCAACCUGAUGUCUUUCAUGCUUUGAAAAUGGGAAACUUUCAGCUGGUUAAAGAGAUCAUUGAUGAAGAUCUGAGUCAGGUUAAUGUUACCACUGUUGAUGGUGCAUCUCCUUUAAUGAUUGCAGCUGUAACUGGACAGCUGCCCCUUGUUCAGUUCCUUGUUGAGAAAAAGGCUGAUAUUGAUAAGCAGGAUAAUGUUCAUGGCUGGACAGCACUAAUGCAGGCCACGUACCAUGGAAACAAAAAUGUUGUUAAGUACUUGUUAAAUCAAGGAGCUGAUGUUAACCUUCGUGCGAAAAAUGGAUACACAGCGUUUGACCUGAUAAUGCUGCUGAAUGAUCCAGAUACAGAGCUUGUAAGGUUACUGGCAUCAGCAUGCAUGCAAGUAGAUAAAGACAAGAACAAAGUGAACAACAGAUCAUCUCUGCCUCGUUCCAGAAGUAGGCAAUCCUUAAAUGUCCCAAUCUUGCCAGAUGACAAAGGAGGCCUAAAGUCCUGGUGGAGCAGGAUGUCCAAUCGAUUCCGCAAGCUGAAGUUGACUCAGACAUUGCGCCAUGGAUUUCCUUCUAAUCAGUUUGUGCCUUUUCCGGAUGAGACUGAACCAUCAUUAAAUUCCACUAUAAAAGUAGCCUCACAGAGUGAUACAGACAUGUCUGGAAACCUUGAUGCUGCUGCAGCUUGGAACACAAAUAACAAAGCUAGUGGUGCAAACACUGUGAAAGGAGAAAAGGACGAUGAAUUAUUGAAAACUAUGCUGAGGAGUAGUGCUCCAUUUACCAGGCUGCCCAGUGAUAAGCUGAAAGCAGUGAUACCACCUUUCUUACCACCCUCAAGCUUUGAGCUUUGGAAUUCUGACCGAACCCGACUCAGCAAGGAUGGCAAAGCUGAACAGAUGAGAACUGCCUGGCCACAGAGAGCAGUCAAGCACGAUUUUAACAGCAGUGGGAAUUCUGAUAUAACAUCUGUUAGCAAAGUUACUAGACCAGUCAAAUUGCCAACAUUUGCAAGAAGACCAGCAUCUCCUUCAAAUUCCAAUAACUUCAACCAUUCUCCCCAUUCUUCUGGUGGAUCUAAUAACAUUGCAGGAAUUAACAGGCAUGGAGGAGAACUGCAUAACAGAUCAGGUGGCAGCGCAGAUAAUGUUUUGUCUCAGAUUGCAGCCCAAAGAAGAAAAGCAGCAGGCUUACCUGAACAGAAACCCAGCCAACAGCACAGUCCAGUCCAGUCAACUCCUUCAUCUACUGUGUCGGAUUUGCAGUGUGCUCAGAUUGUUGGCAAUGGAAAUGUUGUAAAGCAAAAACUGGAGAUGAACAAAAGACCUCCAUCUGGGACUUCAUCUACAUCUAAAAGCACAUCACCAACCCUCACACCUUCUCCAUCACCUUCCCCAUCUCCAAAGGUCCAAAACGCAGAGUCUUCUGUCUCUUCUUCUCACAGACACGCCAAGAGCAAUGGCUCCAGCAGUGGUACUAUUACAGAGGAUGAUGAGCUGACUGGCAUCCUUAAAAAAUUGUCACUUGAGAAAUAUCAGCCUAUAUUUGAGGAACAGGAGGUGGAUAUGGAAGCUUUCCUCACACUUACUGAUGGUGAUUUGAAAGAGUUGGGUAUUAAAACGGAUGGAUCAAGGCAGCAAAUUUUGGCAGCUAUUUCUGAACUGAAUGCAGGAAAGGGUCGAGAGAGACAGAUUUUACAAGAAACUAUACACAACUUCCACUCUUCCUUUGAGAGUAGUGUUAGUAACACACGGCCACCAGGUCAUUCCCAAUCUCCUGGCUGCUCUUUAAAACCACAAGAAGCCAUUUCUUCUAAAAGGUAGCUACUGGAACAAAAGCGGUUUUUAUUUUUUAUGGUGAACCUUGGCAUCUGACUAAGUAAAUCCAUACAAAUGAAAAUUUGAAAAGUUAAUCCUGACUACACUGACAUAGGAUUUGCUGCAGUAACAUGUUUAAAAUACAAAACCAACAGAAAGGCAAAGAAAAUAACAAAGAGAUUGCCUCAAUAGUUCAACCUAAGUGUUGAAUUGUUCAAGGCAUCAGUGGUCUGAAUUUAAGAAGAGCAAAGUCAGAAGAGCAGGAAGAAUGGGUGAACGUGCAAGAAGAUGGAUGUUCCAUUCCUCUCAUGCCCAUAGAUGAAGAACCCACAGGAGACCAACAUGGGCACAAGUCAAGAGGAACCAAAAGCAUGGACGAAGGCAAGAAGGACACCACAAAUUGUGACCACCUUCUACAUGGGGAAAUACAUAAGCUGAAUAUGCCUCUUUUGAUUGGAUACAGAUAAAGUAGUCUAGAUUGAAAAUGUAAUGAUUUCAUGGGAAGAAAUACAAAGGAGAAGUAAUGCUGCAUUCUUCAAUAACCAAAAUAUAUUAUUUUAUCUAUUCAAUAUUAUGAGGUUAGAACAGCAGUAAAAGUAAAAACAAAAUACCUAUUUGUAAAAACAGCACUUUAUUUGAGUAAAUGCAUAAUCUGUCACCAAUAUUUAAGCAGAAAGAAUGUUGAAUUAUUUUAUAUUGAUGACUAUUUUUUUGAGAAUAAAACCAUUUACAUGAUA